AUGCGCUCGAUAUUUGUAACGACACUGGCUCUGGUUGGCGGGGCUCUGGCUCACGGCGACCACGUCCCAUCGCAAAAGCCCAUUGUGGCUGCCGACGCGGAUUGGAUGACGAAGCACAUGGCCGAGGAACACCACAUCUCCGAGUUCGACGCUUCGUCCUUUUUCUUGCUACACGACUACGAUGCCGACGGCAAAUGGGAACCCGAAGAGAUCCUCAGGACGUACGGCUUGAUGGACGACUCGAAUAAGGACAUUACACAACAGCGCCGGGCUGAGAUCUCCCGGCAGAUUCUCACGCUGCUCGACAGAGACGGUUCAGGCUUCGUGACGCGCGACGAGUUUGUUAUCUUCAUCAACGAGGGAAAGACCCUGCCCGAUAUGGCCACAGGGCCAGGACACCAUGGGGACGACGAGUACGAGUACGAAAUCCACCACUGGGAGAAGUACCAUGACGAGAACACCAAGUUGGAGGAUCUGACUCACCCCGAAGACAUUGAGCAUUUCAAGAAGCACGAGCUCAUGGAGGAGGCCGAGGAGAAACUCGAGCGAAUGAACCGUAUGAGGAUUGUCGAGGAGAACAUCCCAGCCAAGUUCAGGAGGUCUGGAUGA